CUAGGCCGCGUCCCGUCACCAUGGCAACCGAGCGCCGCCAUUUUUCCUCGCUGAAACCACGCCCUCCUCUUACCAAUUCCGGUCACCUGACCCCGAGUGGGCGGGGCUUCGCCCCCCGCUGCCAACCGCUUCCUCCCGCUGGGUCACGUGGGCGCAACAACCGGAACCGGAGGGGCCCGGAGAAGCUCGUAACCGGAAGCGGCGGCAGCAUGGACGCGGCGGGGCUCGCCCCCAAACGCCGCGGGCCCGGCCCGGUUCCUCCCCGCAUGGCGGAGCCGCGGCCGCUGUUCGACGACACGAGCGGGGCCGGCGGGACGGGCCGGGCCUACGGGGCAGCGGCAGCGCCAGCACCGAACGUCAGCGCUGCUGCUGCCGCCGCGUUCCUGGCCGAGCCCGUGUCCAGCAUCGCGGCCGCGUAUGGGAGCAGCUGGGCCAGCCAGGGACGGGACAUGGUGGACAGGAACAUCGACCGGUUCCUGCCCCUGGGCCGGCUCAAGUAUUACUUUGCAGUGGACACAGCGUAUGUCAGGAGGAAACUGGGGCUGCUCUUCUUCCCCUUCCUGCACCAGGACUGGCAGGUUCAAUACCAGCAGGACGGUCCGGUCGCUCCCCGCUUUGACGUCAACGCCCCCGACCUCUACAUCCCAGCGAUGGCGUUCAUCACUUACCUGCUGGUGGCCGGGCUGGCGCUGGGCACCCAGAACAGAUUCUCCCCGGACAGCCUGGGGCUGCAGGCGAGCUCAGCGCUGGCCUGGCUGCUGCUGGAGGUGCUGGCGGUGCUGCUCAGCCUCUACCUGUUCUCGCUGCCCACUGACCUCACCACCCCCGACCUGCUGGCCUUUGCCGGAUACAAAUACGUGGGGAUGAUCACAGCGCUGCUGGCCGGGCUGCUGUUCGGGAGCACCGGGUACCACGCCGUCCUGGGAUGGUGCUGCCUCAGCAUCUUCAUCUUCAUGGUGCGGUCGCUGCGGCUGAAGCUGUUGGCAGAGUCAGCUGUGGGGGUCCCAGGGCGGGGGUCCCGCUCCCCCCCCCGCACGUACCUGACCGCCACCAUUGCAGCUGUGCAGCCUGUCUUCAUGUACGCCCUCACCGCCCACCUCGUGCGCUGAUUUGGGGGACAAAACUCCGUUUUUGGGGUCUGGGAAUGCCUCCCCCUUCCCUCAUUCCCGGAACCCCCUCAAGCUGUGCAAUAAACAAUGUACACAAUGGGA